GCAUCACAGUGGACUGUGGUGGAAAAUCAACUAGUUGUCUAGCUCAUUGGCGGGCGCAGUGUGGGAUCAGAGGCAUCCCAUUCCAUCAUAGCCUCACCUCCACAACACCACACUUCUGUUCUUCACUCUAACUGCAGAAAAAAAAUAAAGAAAAAAGAGGAACGAAUUUUCGAGCCAUGAAAUUGGCUUCCACAAUGCACACCAGUUCAAUCCAAAUCCAUUUUAAUUUGGAUUUCAAUCUGCUUAAAUCAUCCCCAGUCAAUUGCCCUAAGAACGUCGCCAGUAGGUUUAUUCUUCGACGCUCUCGCCCCCAUUUCUCAGGUGGAUGUUGUUGUGGUGGAAAGUACCAUUUAACAUCAGCGAUCUCAGAAGGUGUUCUGAGCAGCAAGGCCCCAAGAAGACUUAAUGCGAAAAAAUAUUCGACAAUUACUUGUGCAAGGAAGACCGAGCAUGAGGAGAAAGCUUCUAUUUCGCGAGAUGAUACAGCUCAUGAUGUAUCUAGAUAUCAGUCAUCCAAUGGCAUGGGUGACCGUGAGGAUUCAUGUGAUGAUGUCUCCCGUGCUGAUGCUGAAGAAACGAUUUUGAGGACUGAUUAUGCUUCAUCUCUAAGAACUGUGGGCUUGUGUGUGUUCUCGGCUGUGGUAUUUGGUGUUGGUGUUGGUUUGAAAGAUGGAGUUGGAAAGGCAUCUGAGUUUUUUGCUGGGUAUCUACUGGAGCAGAGUUUAUCUGUGGAUAAUCUGUUUGUAUUUGUCCUAAUAUUCAAGUAUUUCAGAGUGCCGAUCAAUUAUCAGAACCGCGUGCUUUCUUAUGGUAUUGCUGGUGCUGUAAUCUUCCGAUUGUCAUUGAUACUUCUUGGGACAGCAACACUUCAGAGAUUUGAAGCUGUAAAUCUAUUUCUGGCAGCAAUACUCCUCUAUUCCUCAUUCAAGCUAUUUGGUGAGGAUGAUGAAGAUAGCGAUCUUUCAGAUAAUAUCAUUGUGAAGACAUGCAAGAAGUUCAUCCCUGUAACUUCUGACUAUGAUGGAAAUCGAUUUUUUACUAUCCAGGAUGGCAUCUGGAAAGCUACACCUUUGCUUCUGACAGUAGCAGUUAUUGAACUCAGCGACAUUGCAUUUGCUGUGGACUCUAUACCAGCAGUUUUUGGUGUCACCCGCGAUCCCUUCAUAGUUUUUUCAUCUAACUUCUUUGCCAUAUUAGGCUUAAGGUCCUAUUAUACACUCAUCUCAGAAGGCAUGGCAGAUUUGGAGUAUUUGCAGCCUGCUAUUGGGGUGGUUUUAGGAUUCAUCGGGUGCAAAAUGAUACUAGAAUUCUUUGGUUUGCAUAUAUCUACUGAGGUUUCCCUGGGACUGGUUGCCACAUCUCUCACGAGUGGCGUCUUGCUGAGUUUACUGAAGAAGUCAGACUCGGAAACGACAGAGUGAGAAGCCGAUGAUGAACUCACUACCCGCCAUUGACUCUUUCAUUACGUGAUUAUAAUAACUUCUUCUGUCGACCAACUAAAUAUGUAUUCUUAUUUGAAUAAUGAUAUCACGAAAUAAAGCUCCAGGCCAGAAUUUAAUGCAAUUGCUUUAUAACGCUUUAUACUUA